UAUUCAAAAAUACUUUGAAUCAAAGCAUGCGAUGAAAAAAUCGUGGACCAUAAUAAAAUAAUUGUGUAUGGCAUUCAAAAUUUUUUUGGGCGGCUCGGCGAGUAGGCUGCGUUUACAUUCUUUAUCGGUCAAUCGGGGGCGUAGUUUAUUGUAAUUUCGAUAUAUUUGGUAAUUUCAUCAACACUUUUCGAGUUCGACUUAGCCAUGAGCAACCAAACCGUUAAUACUAACACCAAGCGCUGGGCCUUGCUCGCCGCUAGCCUGGGUUUAGCCUAUGUGCUCGUGCGGCAUAGGCAAUCCAUUUGGGGCAUAUUCUGUCGCAGUCCCUUUCAGCUACAGCAUAAACGCAUUGAAGUUAUCAGCUCGGUAAACGAGUCACAGCGCAUUCUAAAUGAACUGAAGAGCCAUUGCGAGUCAUUUAAAGUGAUCGGCUUUGAUUGUGAAUGGAUCACUGUAGGCGGUACACGCCGACCUGUUGCUUUGUUGCAGCUGAGUUCACAUAAGGGGCUAUGUGCCCUGUUUCGUUUGUGUUGCAUUAAGCAAAUACCCAAGGAUUUGCGUGAACUGCUCGAGGAUGAUGCCGUGCUUAAGGUGGGCGUCGCACCACAGGACGAUGCCAUGAAACUCUCGCAUGAUUUUGGGGUUGGCGUUGCCAGCACCUUUGAUUUGCGUUACAUGGCUGUCAUGGCCGGUCAUCAGGCCGAAGGCCUAGGCAAACUAUCGCAGACACAUCUAAACACUAUGCUCGACAAGAAUUGGCGCCUGGCCUGUUCUAAUUGGGAGGCUCCUCAACUGGAUUCCGCACAGCUUAAUUAUGCGGCUAAUGAUGCAUUAGCCGCCGUAGCUAUAUUUCAAAAGUUAUCCAAAGAUUUGGAGCCACGUACCUUUUGGGACUGGCGUGCUCCCAAAUUCGAGCAAUUGCGUCCAAAAAUUGAGCCAUUUCUGGAUGUGGACUUUACCAAAGGAUUUGUCGCUGGCCUCGGAAAGACCCUAUCAACAAGCACUCCCACACAUCCACUGACGAGCAAAUCUAAGCACAAGCGUAAUAAGAAGCACCAGCAGCCGCAACAACAGCAACAAAUUCGCAAUCUUGGAACUCAGUCUAAAGCUUUCUAUGACAAUUGCGUGCUUGAGGCACCCGAUGGUGAGCUGCUCUGCACGAUUGAUCGUCGCAAAGCCUCUUGGUAUUUGAAUCAGAAUCUGGGCACACAGGUUAGUGAGCAGCCGUUCACAGUGCGUUUGAAUUUUGAGCCGGCGGGUCGAGCUGUCGGAGACGUUGGUCGCUACUAUCAGACACCCAAAGAGAAUCAGUGUGUGGUGUGUGGACGUCGGGAUGCCUACAUACGAAAGAAUGUGGUGCCACGCGAAUAUCGCAAACAUUUUCCCGUUGUUAUGAAAUCACACACAUCCCACGAUAUACUCCUGCUCUGUCCAAGCUGCCAUCAAUUAAGUAAUAUAUCGGAUAACAAGAUACGCAAUAAGCUCUCGAUUACAUGCGAGGCACCGUUUGGACAUGGCGAGGGUGUCUCCAAGUACCAUGAUGAUCAGCAGCUGAGAAACGUUAAGUUGGCUGGCAAGGCUUUGCUAAUGCAGAGCGGUCGUAUGCCCAGCCAAAAGGUUACACAAUUGCAGAAAACCCUUUUGGAUUAUUAUACGGAUGCCACUGAGAUAACGCCUGAACUUCUACAAAAGGCCGCCAAAUUGGAUUGUCGUGUGGCCAACGAAGAUUACUGCCAGCACGGCAAAAAAGUGGUUCAAGUAUAUCGCGAUAAAUUUGGUGGUCUCGUCGAGCUGGAGCGCUUGUGGCGGGAACACUUUUUACAUACCAUGCAGCCCAAAUUUUUGCCCAAACUAUGGAAUGUAAAUCAUAACGCAAAUCGCUUAGAGGUGCGUGCCAGCGAGGGACGCAUCGACAAUGAAGAUUUGGUAGUGGCAGGUCUGGAAUCGGUAAUUAGUACAAAGAAUAUAGCUAACUCCUAGCAGUGUGAUAGUUUU